UAAGAUAUAAAGCAUCAAAAAUGAUAAGAGGGUUCGCACACGAUUAUAAAAGUCGCUUUUUCCCUUGAUAUUACCAGUUAACGAUCAAUUAAGCACCAAGAGCAAAUAUAGAAGAAGAAGUAAAUCAACGUUCGUUUUUCAUCAUGAAAGGAGGAUAUCUGAUAAUAGCCGCGUUUGCGGCUGUCAUGGUUACGGUAUACGCCGAAGAUAAUCCAAUACUUCCGGUUCCAACGUAUUGUCCAGAUGUGGACCCCGAAGAUAGAACGAUACAUUUGGCACACGAAUACGAUUGCACGAAAUUUUAUAAAUGCAUAGGCGGAAACAAGGUCGAAUUAUUGUGCCCGUUCAUGGACAAAGCGAAGACGCGAAGAUUGCACUUCAACAAGGUGUUACAAGUUUGCGACCUCCCUGCAAGAGCCAAUUGUAAUUCUCCAGCGGUUCAAACAACGCCGCGGUCGAAAGACGAGUGGACCCCGGAGUGGACCUGCGGGAACAGACCAGUAGGCACAUAUUUGCCACACAAAACACGCUGUCACCUAUUCUACCAAUGUACCUCUUACGGACAAGUUCUCCAAAGAUGCGCCGAAGGACUUGUUUUCAAUCCGUAUGCUCAAGUUUGCGAUAAGUCUGGCAAAUGCGUAGUCACGGAUGUUUGCAAGGAUUAUAGGAAUACAGAGGGAAGCUAUUUGCCUGAUCCUCUAUCCUGCAAAAACGUUUAUUAUUGUAAGGAAGAAACAACGGAAAAGUACAGCUGCGACGAAAACGCAGAAUGGAGCACCCAAAGUGACAAGUGUUUGCCAGCUGAUCAGGCAAAUUGUUCGCGAAAACUUUAAUAUUAUAAGAAAUAAUUAGAAGCAACAUAUUUGUCCAAAUUAUACAUCUUAGGAUAAGACAUAUUCUGUAUUUAAUGUUUUAUUCGUCGAUUAUUCUCAUAUAACUUAUUAAAUGUUCCACCUUCGCUUUUACAGCGUCUGAUUUAAUACAAUAUUUUCGAUAUGCAUAAAUAUCGUACAGGCAUCGUAGUUACCAAUUCCUUCUAUUUCCUUCUAUGAAUUUUGUUACACUUACUUGAAGCCAAUCACUAACCGUUGAAAUCAAUUUGAAAUUUAUAAUCAAAUGAAAUAAGAUGUAAUUACACGUUAAUUCAAUAAAGCGAUUCGCUUUGAAGUAGGAAAGUGGACUGCGCUAUUAAGGAAUACCGACGUAUUUUGCGAAGGUACAUGUAUUUAAAAAUCAUUACACAUUUCUAACAUUCCAAGGCAUUAGAGUGUUAAAUAACUUAUAAAGUAAAGGUAUGUCAAAAGUAAAUGAGUAAAUAAAGAAAAGAUCUUAAAUAAAAAUUAUAUUAAAAUUCGAAUCCGAAGGUUCUAUCAAUGCUUCAGAUACUUUCAGUAAAAUUAAACGAUAUAUAUUUAUAGCUACGACUGCACACGGAUGAUAGUGAGAGAGACGCGUAUACGAAAAGAAAAAAGAAAAAAGAAAUACAAAAAGAGAAAGAGAACCAAAAAUUGGAUAAAGUUUAAAUCGAACGUGUAACUUUUGCGAUACCUUCACUGAGCGAUACCAUUAUAAUUCGCAAAGAAUGUUUGCUAAAAAAUAAAUUAUUAUAGUAAGAA